UUUGCUUGUAAGGUAUAUAGCCACUCUCUCUUGAAUGAAAUUCAAGCUUAUAAAAGAAAUUUAUUAAAGAAAAAGCAUGAACUCAAUUAUGUGAAUUUUCCUCAUGUGUCAUGCUCCUUAAAAAGAGAAUUAGAAUGUUUAUGCUUUGCAUUUGACCUAAUGGGCCAAUAGUCACUUAAUAGGCCAUUAAUCAUCUUUAAUUUAUGCCAGAUAUGGACCCACAUCGAGCGAGACCCUCUAUAGGGACUGUCUUGACAAGGUAGGCUAUGCAUCGUUCAAGUUUACUUUGGGAUGCUCCUUUGGCAAGCGAGGAAGUGCUAGGUGUACUAACUUGUCGUCACCGAGAGAAAGGUCUGUUUGAAGGUGGGUUAGAUUCAAGGAUUGUCGCUUAUAUCACAGAUGUGGGGUUAGAUGGGCUACUUUGGGUCCCACAUAUGGACCUUGACCAUGCAUUAAUCAUGGCGUUGGUGGAGAGAUGGCGGCCGAAGACGCACUUAUUCCACUUGCCCCACAGUAAGAUGACCAUCAAGCUACAAGACAUGGAGGUUAUAAUGGGGGUACUUGUAGAUGACUUGUCGGUGGUGGGAUUUACCCGUAUGGACGAUUGGGGUGAACUUUGCGCCGAAUUGCUAAGGCAUAGGCUGCCAAACAGACAAGUCGGUGCUGGUAAGAACACUGUAGUGAUGGAAGGGCCAAGGGUAAAAGCCAAAUGGCUCGAGGAGAGGUCUAGCAACCCUCUCCCGGCUGACGCCACUGAGGUGCUUGUGCAACAGUAUGCUCGGUUCUACAUAUUGGGGAUGUUAGGUAGUAUGCUGUUUAUGCUGUUGGAGGUGAAUUUUGACAAAUUCAAAGACACAAUGUGGGUUCCAAGUAUGGAUUUACAUGUGGAGACCAUUGAUGUGAGAGAAAAGUUGCAUUGA